CCUUCUGCAUGGUGGAUAUUAUUUUUCCUUCCCCUUUUGGAGGUGCGAUGGGGGAUCACGCCAAAAAGAAACCCGGGAUCGCCACGUGCGUGGGCUGCGGGAGCGAAAUCCACGACCAGUACAUCCUCAAGGUCUCGCCGGACCUGGAGUGGCACGCGGCGUGCCUGAAGUGCGCGGACUGUAGCCAGUACCUGGACGAGACCUGUACUUGCUUCGUGCGCGAUGGCAAAACUUACUGUAAAAGAGAUUAUAUCAGGCUCUUCGGCAUCAAGUGCGCCAAGUGCGCGGGCGGCUUCAGCAGCAGCGACCUGGUCAUGCGCGCCCGCGACCACGUCUACCACCUGGAGUGCUUCCGAUGCUCCGUCUGCAGCCGGCAGCUCCUGCCCGGGGACGAGUUCUCGCUGCGCGACCACGAGCUGCUCUGCCGCGCCGACCACAGCCUCCUGCUCGACGGCACCGGCUCGGCCGAGAGCCCCCCGCGCAGCCCCGGACACCUGCAGGGCUCCAGGCCGGGACACCUCCAGCAGCUCCCAGACGCGGUGCCCGGCCGGCAGCCUUCCCUGCGUUCUCACGUGCACAAGCAGGCGGAGAAAACGACACGGGUGCGGACGGUGCUGAACGAGAAGCAGCUUCACACGCUGCGCACCUGCUACGCCGCCAACCCGCGGCCGGACGCGCUGAUGAAGGAGCAGCUGGUGGAGAUGACCGGGCUGAGCCCGCGUGUCAUCCGCGUCUGGUUCCAGAACAAGCGCUGCAAAGACAAGAAGAAGUCCAUCCUCAUGAAACAGCUGCAGCAGCAGCAGCAGCAGCACAGCGACAAGGCAAGCCUGCAGGGUUUAACUGGCACCCCCUUGGUUGCUGGCAGCCCCAUUCGCCACGACAGCGCCAUGCAAGGCAGCGCGGUAGAAGUGCAAACGUACCAGCCGCCUUGGAAAGCUCUCAGCAAUUUUGCUCUGCAGAGUGACUUGGAUCAACCUGCUUUCCAGCAACUGCUCUCCAUUUCUGAAUCUGGCUCCUUGGGCAACUCUUCGGGCAGCGAUGUCACCUCACUAUCGUCCCAGCUCCCCGAUACCCCCAACAGCAUGGUUCCUAGUCCAGUGGAGACGUGAGGGGGGGUGUCUUUGGAUGGCCUGACCCUCAAGGAUUGUCUGCAUGCGUUGUUGUUUUUUUUGCUUCUUGCAUGAGAACUUGAGCGCUAAGCCAACACGAAGUGUUUAAAUUAUUCUCUUUAUUUAAAAACCCGGCUCCAUCUCGACUUCUCUCGGUGGGUCGGUCGGUCGGUCGGUCAGUGGCUGGAAGUCUUCCAGGGUUCGUUCCUCUGACUUUGCCAAAGAGAGAGAGAGGGAAAAAGGAGCGAAAACUUCCCAGGAAUUCUGGUGUCCUCCACCCCUUCCUGAAAAUACUUCUGGAUUUUACUCGAAGGAGAUUCGGAUCCCGUUCUUGUCUGUUUUGGAAGAUGGCUUUUUCCAUUUUCCGGUUUCCAUUUUCCUCAACGGAAGGAAUCAACUCAACGUGGAACGGUGUAGAAGAGCCAUCCAAAUGGAUCCAGGCGUCCCUUGUCUUCAUCUCAACCAGUUCUGGAUGCCCAAACGCCAACUCUCUUGUGGCUUCCUUCUUCCCUGGAAAAAGCUGGAACGUUUUUCCCCUCCAU